ACAGCGAUGGGCUAAUUUCAUUCACUCAGCAACAGAUGUUUAUUUUUGUUUUGCUCUAGUUGUAUGGUCGUGUCAUUCAUUAUUCUAUUUUACAUUGUCGUACAUCGUGUAUCGUUCUGUUACAAAUCGCUACAAGACCCGGCGGUACCUUUUUGAUAAUAGAGGGUCAUCAUGUUUGACCCCACCGAACACGGUCUUAGCCGGGACUUCCGGUUGACCAAGUUUUCAACGCUUCGUGGGUGAGGUUCAAAAAUUCCUCAAGAUGUUCUUAAUCGACUUUUACGAGGAGUGUACACUGAACAGUUUGAGAGCGAAGAACAAACAACCGAAAAUGUAGCUGAUAAGAAGGUUGAAAAUGAGGAGGGUGUUGGAAUUGGGCUUGAUUCAUCGGUGAUACCGUUGAAAAAUGACUUGCAUUUAGUGCAAACCGUGGACUUUUUCUAUCCGUUAAUCGAUGAUCCGUAUAUCUUGGGAAAGAUCGCUCUGGCGAAUGUGGUCAGCGAUGUGUAUGCCGUAGGAGCAAUGGAGAUUGAUGAGAUCAGACUAAUCUGUUCGGCCCCUACUGAGUUCAGUGAUGAGGAGAGAGAUAUUGUGGUCCCGAUGAUCGUAAAGGGUUUUAUGGAUGCAGCAAAGGAAGCAAACGGGAAAGUUAAAAUCGGUAGUAUUGCUUUGAAUCCUUGGUGCAUUAUUGGCGGUAUCGCAACUGCCGUUUGUCAUAAAACUGAAUUGAUUUUACCUUACUACGCACAAGUAGGAGAUUCACUGAUACUCACAAAACCACUAGGAACUCAACUUGCCACCAAUGCCUUUAUAUGGAUGAGCGAAAACUCCGACAGUUGGAAAAAGCUGGCAGAGGUGUUCACCGCAUCAGAUAUCAAAGCAUCAUACGAAAUCGCCAUCGAAUCGAUGUCGCGCCUAAAUAAAUCUGGUGCCGAGCUAAUGCACAAAUACAAAGCACACGCUGCUACCGAUGUUACUGGUUUCGGUCUCUACGGUCACGCUGACAAUUUGGUUAAAUUCCAGAAGGCGAAUGUUGAUUUCGAGAUCGAUACCCUACCGAUUAUCAGAAACGUGGUAGCAAUUGCGGAAAUACUUGGUAGAACUACAAAGUUACUCGCUGGUAAGGCAGUGGAGACAUCCGGUGGUUUGCUGAUUAGUCUACCGACAGAUGAGUCCACUCGGUUUUGCGAAGAGUAUAAACGAACAGCUGGACAUAGUGCCUGGAUUAUUGGGCGGGUUAUUCAAGGUAGCAGAACAGUGAAGAUGAGUCCAAAUCCAAACGUUAUCACCGUUGACUAGUCGUUGGAUGGUUUUUUUUUUCCGAAAAAUAGUUUAAAGGUAGAGCGAUAACUGCUCUGAAGAAUGUAUGAAGCGAUUUUUUAAAGGCUGAGACGCUGGUAAAAUUGCGAAAGUGUUUCUUUGUUGUAAUUGUUGCUCUGCGUUUUUAAAUUGUUAUUUUCAAUGAUUAACUGAAUUCCAAUGCUCAUAUAUCUGAUUUAUUAAAAAUUCAAUACCAAACUAAA